UAAGGAUGCUGAUCAAGAUGGCGGCUCCAAAUGAUUCCCCCGAAUCUUACUUCAAAGUUGGUAGUCAAGUCUCUUGCCAAACGUGCCACGGACUGAAAGUUCAGGGAGAAGUGAUGGCUUUUGAUGUACCAACAAGAAUGCUGGCAUUAAAAACUGCUGCUAGUGGUAAAGCCACCAACUAUGACAUACGUAUAAUUAAUUUGUUCUUAGCAACUAAUGUUGAAUUAAUUCGAGAACCCACAGAAACUCCACCACCUCCACCUGCUCUAAACUUACAAAAGUUGAAUUUUCGGUGCAACCAUGAGGUGGAUGCCAAGAAAAAUGCUGUAUUUUCAAUAGGAGUUGACGUUACUCCCGAAGCACAGAAAUUAUUUAACACUCUAUAUAAAACAUUAAAAUGUCGGUGGCACGACAAGAGUAUUAUAGUUAUGGAUGAAGUCACUAUAUCACCUCCAUAUGGCCUGGAGAAUUGUAAAGGAAAGGAAGGUACCCUUAAUCAUGUUAGGAAAAUUAUAGAGAAACAUAUAAGAGAGCAGUCAGAGACUCAAGUACAGCCACAAACUCAUGGAGCAACGUAGCAUCACUGCCACCUUUCCACAUUCCAUCCUCGUUCCUAGACCAAUGAGGAGUAACCAUUUUAAGUUAUUACAUUUGAAAAUUGAGAGGUGCUCCCCCCCCAAAAAAAGUUGGAAAACGAGGUGGAUAGCAGUGUUCCCUACAAUUAUUUCAUUAAGCUUCAAAAAUCUGGUUUAACAGAAAUUGGGGUUGGCUGUGACGGGUGGCUAGAACCUGGCUAGAUAUAAAGCUAAGUGUCUUGAGGUGUCUAUCUGAAUAUAAUUUUUUUUCAAGAUUGCAUGUUUGUCUAUAAUGAUGUCUCCUUGGAAAGUUCCGUUCUUGUAGUGAGUUUUCUGUGCUUCUCGAUAAAUGGCUAAUCAACUGAUUUUUAAAAGAUUUUCAUUUCUCUCCCCCCAAGAUGUGUCCUGAAUUAUUGGAACCCAUCAUUCACUGUGAUUGUCCAUGCUGAUCCAGUCAGGACUUAGUUGAGCGUAUCCUCUCCAUACCUCUAACACUGUGACCUUGUGUCAAUACUGUUUUCAAGUCUUCCAGAAUUCACCAAAAUUUCAGUUGUAUAGUGUUGAACUUAAUGUUUUUUCAAUUUCGCUAAUGUUUUUGGCAAUACUAAGUGCAAAACUGUUUGCAUAGAUUCUGUCAUGGUGAAUAUUAUUUGCAUACAUUUAUGGGUAUGUCAUCUAUUGGCUUCAUGUUUUUCAGUGUCACAGUCAUUGUGUAGUGUUUUUUUUCACAUGUAUGUCACAUUAUUACCCAUAACAAAGAUGAUGUGGAACAUUGAUUGUGAUGCUGUAAUAAAAGGAGUUGUAGGGAACACUUGUAAAAAAAAAAUAUUUAAAAUCAGUAGUUGUACUGCCAGUUUGGAAUACCCAAACCAGCCAUGUGAUAGCAUCAGUACAAGGGGAGCUGUUCUCAGAGAUACAUAGUGUUAAAGCGUCCCCUUUAGAAGUUCAGUACCCACUGUUAACUCAAAACAAGGGGGGGGGUUGGUGUUAUUGACAGGACAGAAAAAGCAGUGUUAUCUUUAUAGCAAAUGAAAUUGUUUUUAAAAAUGUAAACUUUUCUGUAUUUUAAGGACAGAUGGAUUAACUACAUGUAACACCAGAGAGAAUCGAGCACAUUGAAAUGGAAAUAAACUUUUUUUUCCCACC